AUGACGACAAGGGACAUGGCCAUGAUGGAUGCUCCGCCAGCAUCCCUGUAUCCAGCUAUGGCGCUUCUCGACUACGUACAUGCUCCAUUUGUUGGGUUUUUCUUUCUGGGCGCAACGGCAUUCAGCCUGUGCAUACUGCAAAAGCCAAUAGCAGUGUCUUACAAGCGAAGAAGAGGCGUGCUCGCCAUCGUUUUCCUCAUACUUGUUUCGUAUAUAACGGAAGUGCUCUACUACUUCAGCCGAUCACUUGCAGACGCACAAUACACACCUCCAGAGCCAGCGGCCAUCUGUUGUCUAGGUUCCAUCCUAGUAUGGGGGCCUAUAUCCUAUUUCAUAUGGACGUCCAAGUCUCUCAGAUGGCAUCCCUACUUCGGCGCCUUUGUCCUGCAUUUCGCCUUCGAAACUACGACUUGUCUCAUGAGCGCGGCCUCCAUACCCGAGAAGGAUAGAUCAGGUAACUUACCAUUUGUGCUCGGGUGCAUCAGGGGCCUUGUUUCUCUGUUCCUCUUGCUUGAUAGCUUCGUCAUCACGCUCACAAGGCACGCGGACAAGAGCAUCGACGAGGAGAGCCAACCACUGCUACCGGAAACAGCUGAUAGCGCCGCGGCCCAAAAUGGUAGUGCGGGAUAUGGUACCGUUGAGCAGAUUCCGUCGGAUGAUGAGGAGGAGACACCGAAAGACAAGGACAAGGAACUCAAAGAGCAGCAGGCGAAGCGUCUGGAGGAGGAGGGUGGCUGGUUUGGCUAUCUCAAGUCAUUUGCUGUAUUCUUACCGUACUUGUUCCCCAAAAAUGACUGGAAGGUCAUGGGGGCUUUGGGCGUUCGUCUCGUUCACAUGCUUGCAGAACGCGCCCUCAACUUACUCACGCCUCGCCAGCUUGGUAUCAUCACAGACCAGCUAACCCAAGACACGGGCGUGAUGCCCUGGAAAGACAUCGGUUUGUGGAUUUUGUUCCAGUGGAUAGGCAGCUACGCUGGUCUUGGCUUCAUUGAUGGCAUCGCCAGCAUGGUCAUAUCGAAUUCGGCUUACCGACGGAUCACUCUUCUGGCGUACGAGCAUGUACUCGGCCUUUCCAUGGACUUCCACACUUCCAAGGACUCGGGAGAGGUUCUGAAGGCAGUCGAGCAAGCAUCAUCGCUUAACUCACUGGUGGAGAUGGUCCUCUUCGAUAUUUCGCCCAUUCUCCUGGAUCUCGUCGUCGCCAUGUACUACGUCACGCAUUUGUUCGAUGCUUACAUGGCAUUCAUAAUCUUGUUUAUGGGGGCUGCUUAUACCUGCAUUGGAUGGUACUUCACGACUCUCUCGCAACCGAAGCGAAGAGACUAUGUUGAGAAACAACGAACCGAAAGCUCGACGGUCAACGAGACUGUGCACAACUGGCAGACAGUCGCGUACUUCAAUCGUCUCGACUACGAGCACUCGCGCUACGCAUCCAACAUCAUGAACACUAUUAACGCUCAGUAUGCGUAUUACUUCCGCUCCAUGGGCGGCCAUGCUGCGCAAGAUAUGCUCACAACUUUCGGUUUUGCAGCCUGCUGUGUCUUCGGUAUGUCGCAGAUUGUGAAUGGGCAGAAGAAGGUGGGAGCACUCGUUACACUGAUCAUGUACUGGCACACUAUGACCAGUCCUCUGUAUGUUUUGUCGUACAGCUACAGGCAUAUCUCAAGCUCUCUUAUUGAUGCUGAGCGGCUAUUGCAGAUGCUGAAGACCAAACCUUCUGUUGCCGAUCAGGACGGCGCGAAGGACUUGGUUGUCAAAGCAGGCGUUGUUGAGUUCACGGAUGUCGAGUUCGCAUAUGACGAGCGCAAAACAAUCAUCAGAGGCGUCGAUCUGCGAGCUGAGGGCGGGCAGACCAUUGCUUUUGUUGGCGAAACGGGUGGCGGCAAGUCGACUAUGCUCAAGCUGCUCUUCCGCUUCUACGACGUGACCGGCGGGUCUAUCAUGAUUGAUGGCCAGGAUCUGCGUUCUGUCACCCAGUCCAGUCUCAGAGAUGCGCUUGGCCUUGUUCCUCAAGAUCCAGUUCUCUUCAACCAGACUAUUCGCCAGAACGUACGCUACGCGCGCCUCGAAGCCACCGAUGGCGAAAUCGAAGACGCAUGCCGCGCUGCCGCCAUUCACGAUGACAUCGUUGGCUUCCCAGACGGCUACAACUCCAAAGUGGGCGAGCGCGGCGUCCGCCUCUCAGGCGGUCAACUGCAACGCAUCGCCAUCGCACGUGUGCUGCUCAAGAACCCCAAAAUCGUACUUCUCGACGAAGCAACGUCGGCAAUCGACUCCGGCAUUGAAGCGCUCAUCCAAAGAGCUUUCCGGAAGCUCAGCAAAGGCCGCACCACCUUCGUCAUCGCCCACCGUCUCAGCACCAUCGUCGACGCGGACCAGAUCCUCGUCAUCGAGAAGGGCGAGAUUGUCGAGCGCGGAAGCCAUCAGGAGCUCGUCGGUAUUGUCGGUGGGAAGUAUAACGAGCUCUGGACUAAGCAGACUGCGGGACACAUGUCGAAUGCGAAUUCAAAGGUUCCGUCCAAGGCGAAUUCGAUCGACGAGGGCGGGGAUGCCGGUGCGUCGUUGAUUGAUAUCACGCCCGCGGAAGAGGAUACGGCGACUACGACGGGGCGGAGCGAGGCUGGGGAUGGGGAAGCGGUUGGAAGGCGGAAGUAG